ACGGUUUAUGUGCAACCAAAUGGGGCCAAUGUCUAAACACGGUCGCCACCACGCGGAGGUUAGUGUCACGUAAGAUGAAUCGUCUCUGGGUUAUCGGUCUGGGACUGAUGCAACGGCCGGCCCCGAAGUGGCGAUACUGACUCGCUGACUGGGGCACAUUGACAUUGACAAGGGCACAAAAACUCACCUAUUAUCUAUAUCUAUAUCUAUAUCUAUAUUCACAACCCACUUGUCAAAUAUUUAUGUCUGCCUGGCCAUUUUUACAGUUGCGAAGUGCUGUCAGCAGCCGUUGCAACGGCUACAUGUUCAGGUCCAGUGGAUCUGGCCUUAACAUGCACAAUAUACACAUAUAGUAUUUUUUUAGAUUGCUUCCUGUCAGCGUCAUCGGCCACCGUGACCGCUGGUCGGAACUAGGGCAGUGGGCCACGCUGCUGGCUGCAUCAACAUCUCAGUCUUCACUUAACAUAAACCUUCUGGAAAGCCACCGUGAACAGAGACUGAUAGGCAUAGCAGGUGCGGUGCUGUUGUGCAAAACACGUGGAGUGAGGUAGCCCCGGGAUUUGCUGACCUCCUUGGGGAGGGGGAGGGAUCCUGGUGACCGGGUGACUGUCUGAGCUCGGGCGGCCGGCGACUUAUAGCGACGUCCCGCCAGGCGGCAUGGCCGGCCUGCAGCGCGCGGCGGCCGACAGGGGACGCCAGCUGAGGCGGCCGCCGCCGUGACACCAGGUCCCGCCCGGCACCGGCCGCGACAUGCAGCGCCUGCGCAUCCCCUUCACGCGCUCCAAGACGCCCAGCGGCAACGAGCUGAAGGCGCAGAGCAGCCUGGAGGUGCCGAAGCAAAUCCGCUCGGCCAGCUUCGACGAGAUGCAGUUGUCGGACAAGACGCCCGCCUGCGGCGUCAAGGUGACCUCGUUCCUGCGCGUGCCGCAGUCGGGUGCCAAGAAGAGCAAGAGCCUGGACGAGUGCGAAGAGACGGUGCGCACGCGCCGGCGCCGCUACCUAUUCUCGGAGCGCGGCGGCGGCCGCGACCCGGCGCACGCCUGCUGGCACUGCGUCUGCCUGGAGGAGAUGGGCCGGCGCGCUGGCGGCGGCGAGAGCUCGCAGGAUAGCGGCGGCACGGGCAGCCCGCCGGAACCGCCACGCGGCGUCGCCUGCCCCAUCCGCGUCACGCUCAGCCGCAACUCGACCUCGUCGUCACUCGACCUGCGCCACUCGUCGUGCUCGUCGGCCUCAGGCCGCUCCGUCGGCUCCACCUACUCGCGACAGUCGUCCUGCCUUUCCUGGAACAGUUCGCUCUAUUCGUCCUUCUCGCGCCAGAGCUCGGGCUACUCGGACGAGCCGCCGCCGCCGCCGCACUACCUGCCGCGUCAGAGCUCGAUGGUCGUAUCGUCGGCGCCGCCCAGCCGCCAGACCUCGCUGGUGACGCACCCGCCGACGCGACAAACGUCGCUGGCGGCCCGCUCGGCGCCGCCGUCGCGGCAGAGCUCGCGCCAGGUGUCGCUCGGCACCACGGCGUCGCAGCUGUCGCGCGACUCGAUCGCCGACGGCAGCGAGCGCUCCUGGUUCCUGGGCUCGAGCAGCGACAUCGGCGACUACACCGAGAUCUGGCUGGAGGUGCCCGAGCUGUCGGAGCGCGCCGUCGGCGGGCCGGUGCGCCGGUGCGCCUCUGCAGAACCGAGCCUGACGCCGCGCCACACGCAGAGCCUGGAGACCGGCCUGCUGCUGGAGGUGGCCGACCGGCCGGUGCGCUCCACCUCGGUCGACAUCGGCUUCCCAACCGAGGAACAGUGCGCGUACACGGCCUACCUGCCGUUCCGUCGGCGCAGCAGAAAGGCGGCCACCGGCGAGAUCGAGAUCGAGGCGGAGGGCGGCCGGCGCACGCUGCGCAGCACGUGUGACUGGAGCGAGGCAGCCGUCAUUGGCGAACAUCUCUGGAUGCCCACCUCGGCCUCGGGCGAUUUCUGCUACGUGCCCGAGCAGGACUGUUGCAGGACUGGCUCCCGGAUGAAGUGCACCGCCUGCAAGAUCAUCUGCCACACAGGGUGCAUAGCUAACCUGAUCGACAAGGUGAAGUUCGCCUGCAAGCCCACGUUCAGGGACGUGGGGAUCCGGCAGUACCGGGACAACACGGCCACAGCUCACCACUGGGUGCAUCGCCGGAAUCAGAAGGGCAAAUGUAAACACUGUGGAAAGAGCUUUAUGUCGAAACUUUCGUUUUCUACCAAAGAAAUUGUAGCAAUAAGUUGUUCGUGGUGCCGGACUGCCUACCACAACAAGGAGCCCUGCUUCAACAUCCAGCGAUUAGAGGAACAAUGUAGUCUAGGCAUUCACGAGGACAUCAUUGUGCCGCCGUCAUGGAUCGUCAAGCUGCCCCGCAGAGGAAGCUUCAAGUCCAGCCUCCGCAAGUCGCCCAAGAAGAGGUCCUCUAGUCGUCGGAAAAGCCGGGAAUGGAUCGAUAAGGACCAGACGCGGGCGUUCGCCAUCAAGCCCAUUCCAACGGCCAACGUGCACCCUGUCAUCGUGUUCCUCAACCCCAAGAGUGGCGGUAACCAGGGCGCCAAGCUGAUGCAGAAGUUCCAGUGGCUGCUCAACCCUCGUCAAGUGUUCGACCUCACUCAGGGCGGACCGCGAGAAGGGCUGGAGAUGUACCGCAAGGUGCCGAACCUUCGCGUGCUGGCGUGUGGUGGCGACGGCACGGUCGGCUGGGUGCUCUCCGUGCUGGACCAGAUGAACUUCAGCCCGCCGCCCGCUAUCGCGGUCCUGCCGCUCGGCACAGGCAACGACUUGGCGCGCGCGCUCGGCUGGGGCGGGGGCUACACGGACGAGCCCAUCUCCAAGAUACUGUGCAACAUUAGCGACGGCGAGUCGCAGGAGCUGGACCGGUGGGAGGCAGCCGUGCAGAAGAACGAGCGCGCUGAGCCCAGCGAGGAGGGCAAGGACAACCUGCCGCUCAAUGUCAUCAACAACUACUUCUCGCUCGGCGUGGACGCCCAUAUUGCGCUCGAGUUCCACGAGGCCAGAGAGGCUCGACCCGACAAGUUCAGCUCCCGGCUCCGGAACAAGAUGUUCUACGGCCAGGCGGGCGGCAAGGACCUGCUGCAGCGCCGGUGGAAGGACCUCUCGGAGCACGUAACCAUCGUCUGCGACGACCACGACAUCACGCCGAAGCUUCGCGAGCACAAGGUGCACGCCAUACUCUUCCUCAACAUCCCCAGCUACGGCGGCGGCACGCACCCGUGGGCCGGCCGGGACCAGUCGACUUCCGACGGUCAGAUGGAGGUGAUCGGCCUCACCACCUACCAGCUGCCGCUGCUGCACGCGGGUGGCCACGGCACCAGCCUGGGCCGCUGCCAGAAGGCGGUCAUCACCACGGCCAAGACGAUCCCCAUGCAGGUGGACGGCGAGGCGUGUCGUGUCAACCCGUCCAUCAUCACCGUCAGCCACCUCAACCGCGCCCGCAUGAUCUGCAAGCGACGGGGCGAGAAGUCCAGCUCCGCGAAUACGCAACAGGAUCAGCUUCGGAUGCGUAUCAACCGCAUCACCAUGUCCGACUACGAGCAGUACCACUACGACAAGGAGACGCUCAUGCAGCACUCGACGCCUCUGGGCGUCAUCAUGGUGGACCACGACUCGGACCUGGAGCAGGUGCGGCGCCACAUCAACCGGCUGGAGGAGGAAAGCCAGCAGAGCCCGCCACUCAGCCCCGAGUGGUGCUUCGUCGACUCGUGCACGGCGGAACGCUUCUUCCGGAUCGACCGGGCGCAGGAGCACCUGCACUUCGUGACGGACAUCAGCUCGGAGGACCUGUUCAUCCUGGACCCGAUGGCCGUCACGCCGCAGCCGGUGGCCUCGGCCAACAACAAGGACGACGGCGAGCAAUGGAGCCCGGGCGGGCCGUCGCCGGAGGGCGGGCGUGCCGGCACGCCUCGGCCGUCGAUCGUCUCUGCCCGCCGGCACAGCACGCCCUCAAUGACGGGCUCGUCACGGCUGACCCGGCGCCGUCGCUCCAGCGCCCUCUCCGGACAGCUGGAUCUUACCGCGCUGCGUGAGCGCCUGUUCGGCGCCACCUUCAGCCCCCCGAGGUGA